AUGUCCCACAUCUGUGCUGAACCCAGUGUUUUUCUCGUGCAACAAGCAGCAUUUGAUCUGCUUUAUGACGCCUUUGCUCACGAUGAGUGGAGACACCUCACUUUGCGCAUGAUUCGAACCAGACUCGAAAAUCGUCUACGUCUUCCUCGCAAUACUCUCUCACGGAAGAUAUAUAAAUUGCAUAUCAAGUCCAUUGUUAUCGAUUUUUUGAUCUUGAAUGUACAAGCCAUACAAGCCAACAGUAGCGGAACGAGAUUUGCCCUUACUAGUGGUGGCGUACAUCCUGGAGUGAAGCACCUUCUGAAAGAAGGGAUGUUUGCGCGGUGUCAUAGAGUGGUCACACAAAUCUUAUCCAGAGUCAAACACUUGAACCGUCGUCCGACUCGAAUACAGUCAUCCACAAACCCCGAUCCAUUCGAGGUUGUCUCAGCGGUUGUCGAUAGCUGCAGGCCAAACGCGCCAUUGAAGCUAUACACCCUCUGGAUCGGUGACCAUGUCGCAUCGGCCGCGUGCGAGCGCCUCGCUCGCUCGAGCGGAGUCACAGUAGUUAAUCAACCGUUCGAGGAUAAAACUCCACUCCUUCAUACUUUGGCUGCACAAGAACUCAUUAAGCACCUGGAAGAGGGUAGAAUACCACUUUUAAGGCCUGUGGCGCCUACCAUGAAUGAGGAAGUUCGAGAGAUGGCAAUUGUCCAAUUAGGACUCGAGUACCAGCUUGCGAGCCAGUACACAUCCUUUGUUACCAUAGAGCCCCGGCGUGAGAUGGAAAGGAGGAGGCUACACUGGACGGCGUCAGUAGAAGGCUCUCCGCGGCAGCAUUAUAAUGCAUUCCCACCUAGCAUCACGAAUGACGCUCCUGAAGAUUAUGUUUCCACCUCUUCCAAACCGGGCAAAGUUAGCUCAGCUCCUGCAAUCAAUGAUGCGGUAACUGAUAACGGGCAAUGCGUCAUCUGGAGCGAAGGCUUGAACGGUGACAACAUCACCCAUGCGAUAUCUCCACAAGCCAUUGCGAGUCAUCAAGAUGGGCCCGUAACGCCCUCCAGCUACGAGUUCAUGCUACGUCUGGGAUGA